UCCCUGUCCUCUUCUGUUGCAGCCACAGCAGCAGACACCGGCACAGUGAGCCCAUGUCCAACCCCACCUUUUCCUACUACCCAGGAGAUAAAAAGCUUGACUUCUACCGCUGGACUUCCCCACCUGGUGUCAUGAAGAUAUUGUGCAUCAUCAUCAUCAUCAUGUGUGUUGCUGUUUUUGCCUGCGUGGCCUCCACACUUGUCUGGGACUACGAUAUGGGCCUCAUGGGUAUGGGAGGUGGAGCUGGCAUGUUGCCAGGUUAUGGUGGCUCAUAUGGGAGUAGUGGCUCCAGUGGUUCAUAUGGCAGCGGUGGUUCAUAUGGCAGCGGUGGUUCAUAUGGCAGUGGUGGUUCAUAUGGCAGCGGUGGUUCAUAUGGCGGAAGUGGCUAUGGAGGAGGUAGUGGCGGCUCCAGUGGCUAUGGACAAACACAAAUGGACCCCAAAGCUGGAAAAGCCUUCCUCAUCGCCAUCUCUGCCAUCACCUUCAUAGCCGUGCUUAUAAUAUUUGUGCUGGUCAUUUCAAGGCAAAAUGCUGCCCGCUCACCAAAGUUUUACCUAGCAACCAUCAUCAUCUGUGCCAUCUUGGCAUUUCUCAUGGUCAUCGCCACAAUUGUGUACCUUGUGGCCGUGAACCCAACUGCCCAGUCCACAGGAUCUGUGGCCUAUAGCCAGAUCCGCCAACUGUGUGCCCAGUACCAGAACCAGGACCAGGCCCAAGGCAUCUUCCUCAACCAGUACCUCUACCAUUACUGUGUGGUGGAGCCCCAAGAGGCCAUAGCUAUCGUCCUGGGCUUCCUGGUGUUUGUUGGUCUCAUCAUCCUGCUGGUGUUUGCAGUCAAGACUCGCUCCAUGAUCAGGCGCUGGGGCCCGGAUCGCAUUCUCUGGGAGGAAGUGAAGAUGGUCAAUAAUGGUCUGCACAACAGCGUUGGGGAGUGGGUGAGUGUGUGAUUUUG